CUCAAGGUGUAAAAUACCUGUUCCCUGUGCAAGUGAGGACUUUCCAGCCCAUAUAUGAUGGCAAAGAUGUAAUUGCUCAAGCUCGAACAGGAACAGGCAAAACCAUUUCUUUUGCUCUUCCGCUGAUUGAAAAACUUCAGAGUGUCUUGCUAGAUGGGAGAAGAGGCCGUGCACCAACAGUGCUGGUUCUUGUUCCAACCAGGGAACUGGCCACACAGGUAGCCAAAGAGUUCAAGAAUCUCACUAAGAAACUGUCAGUGGCUUGUUUUUAUGGAGGAACUCCUUACAAAGAACAGAUUGAUCUCCUUAAAAGUGGCAUUGAUAUUCUAGUGGGAACGCCUGGACGGAUCAAAGACCAUAUUCAGAAUAGCAAACUGGAACUUUCCAGCGUGAAGCAUGUUGUUUUGGAUGAAGUUGAUCACAUGUUAGAUAUGGGCUUUGCUGAACAAGUGGAAGAAAUCUUAGGAUUUGCUUAUAAAAAAGGUUCUGAAAACAACCCCCAGACACUGCUGUUUUCUGCAACUUGUCCACGAUGGGUGUAUGAUGUAGCAAAAAAAUACAUGAAAGAUGAUUGUGAACGUGUUGACCUGAUUGGAAAGAAGACUCAGAGGACUGCCACAACUGUGGAACAUUUGGCUAUACAGUGUCGCUCGUCUCAGAGAGCAGGAGUUCUGGGAGAUAUCAUUCAAGUCUACAGUGGCAGCCAUGGGCGGACCAUUGUCUUUUGUGAGACCAAAAACGAAGCAAAUGAACUGGCUAUGAAUGCUUCACUCAAACAGGAUGCCCAGUCAUUGCAUGGUGACAUUCCACAGAAACAGAGAGAAAUUACAUUAAAAGGCUUUAGAGAUGGUGUGUUUGAAGUUUUGAUUGCAACAAAUGUAGCUGCCCGUGGUUUGGAUAUUCCUGAGGUUGACCUUGUUAUACAGUGUUCACCACCAAAAGAUGUUGAUUCCUACAUUCAUCGUUCUGGACGUACAGGUCGAGCUGGCCGGACUGGGAUCUGCAUUUGUUUAUUUCAGAGAAGAGAAGAAGAUCUUCUAAAACAAGUUGAGCACAAAGCGGGGAUUACAUUUAAGCGUGUAGGUGUUCCCUCUGCUACAGAUGUAAUUGAAGCUUCAAGUAAUGAUGCCAAAAAGUUGUUGGAGGCCAUUCCUCCUUCUGCAGUAGACUACUUCAGAAAAUCUGCUCAAGAGAUCAUAGAUGAAAAAGGGGCAGUUGCUGCCCUGGCUGCAGCUCUAGCCCAUAUUUCUGGGGCAUCUUACAUACAGCAGCGCUCCUUACUCAACUCAACUGCGGGCUUCGUGACUAUGGUGUUGAAGUGUUCAAUAGCAAUGCAUACAAUGAGCUAUGCCUGGCGAGGACUAAAAGAACAGCUUGGUGAGGAAGUAGAUUCCAAAGUAUCCUCAAUGCGUUUCCUCAAGGGGAAGAUGGGGGUGUGCUUUGAUGUCCCUGUUGGCGAGCUAAGUAACAUACAGGAACAGUGGAGGGACACCAGGCGUUGGCAACUGUCGGUGGCAAAGGAACUGCCUGAGCUGGAAGAGUACCCCCAGGAGGCAGGACGAGGGUUCUCCAGGUUUGGAAAUGGGAGGCAAGGUGUUGGAGGCUUCAAGAGAAACAACUGGUUUAAGAAUGGAAACCGAGGACAUGAUUUUAACAAGUCACUUGAUUAG